UACACUGCAACACACUCUCAGAACUACACGCACCACUUUUCCUCGUUCGGUUAUUUAUUUUGAUAUAAUUUCCCUUCCAUCUAUCUCUACUCUGUAAAAUAUAGGGAAAAUUGUUAAGAGCACUGGAAAAGCAGGCUGUGAUUAUAAGCAAACGUGUACAGUUUGUGGUUGUUUGUCGGUUUUAUUUUAUAGACUAGAAUUUGUCGUGAAAUUUGAUUUAAAAUUUGGUGUCUCGGGGGCAGAAAAUUGCCUUUCGCAUGAUCUAUUUGUCAGCGCGUUAGUAAUAAGAGGAAUAAUAGUAGGAAGAAGAAGGCACAUUGCAAAACGAACCAAUAAUCGCCUACCCCGAUGGUGUUCAUCCAAUGUGUGCUGUGAUUAAUGUGUCUAGACUGUGAGGUUUUUUAGUUUCCGUAGAAUUCUGAUUUGUCGUUUCUGUAGUUUUGUGUAAUAAGUUUGAAAACUGUUUGGGAAACCUCGUUUCUGUGUUGCGUAGGAAAGUGUGAAUGAAAAAUCCUAGUUUUCAAGGAUUUUCCCCCAGUUUUUUGUUCUGCAAUUGAUCCCCUGGUGGUGUCGGUGGCUGAUUUAUAGUGUCGAGUAUCGAGUAACUUCCUGCCGUUGGUACACCAAUUCCUGAGAAGAUGUGUGCAUGUGGCGGAGAUGAAGGGAAGUAUAUCAUGGAAUCCAAGCCCUCAAUCAAGGGCCCCUACCUGUCACAGCAGCAGGAGGAUUUUCAUCCAUUUAUCGAGGCUCUCCUUCCAUACGUCAAGUCCUUCAGCUACACCUGGUUCAACCUCCAGGCGGCCAAAAGACGCUACCUCAAGAAGCAUGAAAAGAAAAUGACCCACAAUGAGGAAAAUAAAUGCAAGAGAGAUUUUCAGAACGAAAAUCCGGAAACGAAGCAAAAGUGGGCCGCCCGUCUGCUCGGAAAGCUGCGCAAGGACAUCAACCACGACAGCCGGGAAAAUUUUGUCCACUGCAUCUCGAAAAAGAAAACCUCAAUGUGCAUUCUAUCCAAUCCGGACCAGAAGGGUAAAAUGCGCCGAAUAGAUUGCCUCAGACAGGCAGAUAAGGUAUGGCGUCUGGAUUUGGUUAUGGUGAUCCUGUUCAAGGCUAUCCCACUUGAAAGUACCGACGGGGAACGGCUCGAGAAAGCAUGUUUCUGCACCAGUCCCAGUUUGUGCAUUAAUCCUUACCAUAUACAAGUAUUAAUUAAGGAGCUGGAUCUGUAUUUGGCCAAUUUCAUAAAAAGUUUCAGCGAUGAAGAAAACCAGGGAGAAAAGACGCACAAUUCUACACGGAAAUUUUCAAAAGGGAGUAGUAAGGCUUUCUCCUACGAUUUCAUCGCACCGACAGGAGUGUUCACGUCAUCCGAACUUUGGAGCAUCACUCAAGCCACGUUAAUGCACUAUUUUGUUCUCUUAUGA